AUGUGUCCGAAUGUAGCUUUACUUUCCUCCAUGUGUCCGAAUGUAGCUUUACUUUCCUCCAUGUGUCCGAAUGUAUCUUCACUUUCUUCCAUGUGUCCGAAUUUAACUUUACUUUCCUCCAUGUGUCCGAAUUUAACUUUACUUUCCUCCAAAUGUCCGAAUGUAACUUCACUUUCCUCCAUGUGUCCGAAUGUAACUUCACUUCCCUCCAUGUGUCCGAAUCUCUUCUUUUAUUCACUAUUCUUUCUUUUUUUCUUUCUUUCUUUCUUCUUUACUAUUUCAUUGACACUUCACAUUAAAUUGUUUGUUUUUUCUUCAUUUGUUUCUCCUGUUUCCAUCUUUUUCCCUCUUUUCUUUAUUCAUUCAGUCUGUUUUUUCUGUCUUUUUUCUUUGAUUUUUACAUCGCUAAACAUUAUUUCUUUACCGUCACAUUUUCUUUAUUCUUUCUUUCUCUUUCUUUGUUUCUUUUAUUCCUUUCUUUUCCUCAUAUUCUUUGCAUUUCAUGUUUUCUUUCUUUCUUUUUUCUUUCUUUCUUUCUUUCUUCGAUUCUUUUCUUUUCCUCGUAUUUUCUGUUCUUUGCAGUUUAUAUAUUUUUUAUUCUUUCUCUUUCUUUCUUUCUUUCUUUCUUUCUUUUAUUCCUUUCGUUUCCUCAUAUUCUUCGCAUUUCAUAUUUUCUUUCUUUUUCUUUUUUCUUUCGUUCUUUCUUUCUUUCUUUCUUGUAUUCUUUCUUUCUUUCUUGUAUUCUUUCUUUCUUUCUUGUAUUUUUUCUUUUCCUCAUAUUCUUUGCAUUUCAUAUUUUCUUUCGUUCUUUCUUUCUUUCUUUUUUAUUUCAUUUUAUUCCUUCCUUUCUUCAUAUUUCUGUUCCUUUCCAGUUCAUAUUUUCUUUAUUCUUUCUUGCUCUUUCUUUCUUUUUUCUAUUCCUUUUUUUCCUCAUAUUCUUUGCAUUUCAUUUUUUUUUUUCUUUCUUUCUUUCUUUCUUUCUUUCUUUCUUUCUUUCUUUCUUUCUUUCUUUCUUUCCUUCUUCUUUCCUCAUUUCUUUCCUUUAAUGUUUUUAUCUAUCUAUCUAUCUAUCUAUCUAUCUAUCUAUCUAUCUAUCUCAUUGCGCCUCGUGUAAACAAAAGGCAUUACGCCUGUCGUCUUCCUCGGAGUCUUAAUGACAUACAUGUCGGUUUUCCGAGCUGA